AUGGCCCGGAUGAACCGCCCUGCGCCGGUGGAGGUCUGCUACAAAAACAUGAGGUUCCUGAUCACCCACAACCCUACCAAUGCCACGCUCAGCACCUUCUUGGAGGACCUGAAGAAAUACGGUGCCACCACGGUUGUGCGAGUGUGCGAAGUGACCUAUGACAAGACCCCCCUGGAGAAGGAUGGCAUCACUGUCAUGGAUUGGCCGUUCGAUGAUGGAGCGCCUCCUCCCAGCAAGAUAGUGGAAGAUUGGCUCAACUUGCUGAAGACCAAGUUCUGCGAAGACCCUGGCUGCUGCGUGGCCGUGCACUGCGUGGCCGGCCUGGGGCGCGCUCCCGUCCUCGUCGCGCUGGCCUUGAUCGAGAGCGGGAUGAAGUACGAGGACGCCAUCCAGUUCAUCCGACAGAAGCGCAGAGGAGCCAUCAACAGCAAGCAGCUGACGUACUUGGAAAAAUACCGACCAAAGCAGAGACUCCGAUUUAAGGACCCUCAUAACCACAAGAACAAAUGCUGCAUCAUGUAACCUCAAUGACCUCUUGCCAAAAUCCGUGCACACAGACACCCGGGCACUCGCACACAUCCCACCCCCUCACCUCCUUGCCCAGCCCUGCACACCCCACGCGCCACCCCACUGCCAGGGCUG